UGUGUGUGCGUGUGUGCCUUUAAGGCUUUAAGUCAUGUGUGUUAGAGGUGUGUAAAGGUGUGGUAGUUGAGUGGAGAGCCGGCUCUGUGGAGUGUGGUGGAUCUUCUCCUCCAGAGUUAAACCCAUCCAGCCUGUUGGAAGAACCAGUCCGGCAUAAUCAUGCUGACCAUCCUGCUCUUUAUAUCACUGUUUAACCAGGGACACGCUGUGGUGGAGUACGGUAUGGACUUCGUUACAGCUUUUCCGGUGAACAUCGCCUCCUACUAUCCAUCCAACGUCAACAACACCCUCAAAAUUACCGCCCUCCACAGCAACACUAAAUUCAGUGUCUCCAUCAACGGCUCAAACUUCCUCACAGAGGUCCUGAACGCAGGACAGUCAAAAUCUGUGGAUCUACCCAACGAAGUAGAGGAGCAACAACUGGGGCGCUCCAUGAAGUCUGUCAGAAUCACCAGCGACAACAACAUCACCGUGUUUUCCAUAAGCACCAGGGGUAACAGCGUCCAAACCAAUGUUGUCCAACCUGUGAGCAACCUGGGCAAAAUGUAUCAAAUCCCCUUCCUCAAUUUAACAGAGCUAAUACUAUUGUUAAAUGACUACAGCGUCUCAAACUGGACCAAUCCUUCGAGUUCUUCCAAUCUGAACCGGACGUACAACUUCUUCAGGGUUCUUGUCAUCAACGCCGAAGAUAAGAGCAACAUGGUGACCGUCACGAUGACUCAGAACCAAAAAAGCACUUUCACGCUAAGCCCCUUCGAGUUUAUCCUGAUGCAGGGCAAUGACUCCUUGGUGAAGAUCUCUGCCGAUGCCAACAUUUCCGUCUUGCUCACCCACCCUUGCUUGGACGCUUCAUACUGCAGAUGCACAAUGGUCGUCCAUCAGCUCAGACCCACAAACCUCCUGGGGAACCGUUUCCUCGUACCUCCGUUUUACAUCACCAACUAUUCUCGAAUGUUCUCAACUUCAGAUAAGAAUGUUGCGCUUCAGUACGGUUCUCCACCAUUUGCCGGCUCUCAGGGAUUGAUGCCCAGCAGCUCCAACUUCCUACCCUUCUUCCAGAGUCUAAAGGACGGGUUCUCCAACAUCACCACCUCCCAGCCGGUGUCCCUCAGUCUCAUCCGCCAUGGUAGUCUGAUAGAGCUCAUCCCAAUCUCGAUGUUCUCUGCCUGCUACCUGGUACACAGCACAUCACAGACCAAAUCUCUGGCUGUGAUCAUCGUUGAAACGGCCCAAGUGCCAAAUAUGCGUUUGAACAAUGGACAAUUUAGCCCAACAGCGGUGUGGAAUGCCAUUAACGGUACACAGUACUCCUGGGCCAGAGUGGACCUGUCUCCUUUAAAGUCUCAAGUCAUCUGGCAUCCCUACUCAAAGAUUGCAGUGUACGUCUUCGAGAAAAUGGCGACUGGGGUUCCUUAUGGAGGUCCGGCUAUCUCUGUAAACGAUAAUCCAGGUAUGUAAAGCUAUUGUUAUGGUAUUUUUUAGAUGCAUAAAGGGCUUAAACCAAUCCAACAUCCAUAGAAAUGUAGAAAUAAUACUCAACUCAGUAGAUGUACAACUUACCACUUACUACCAAUGUCUCCAGUCUUGCUCCUGAUAACCGGACCGAGAUUUGAGGGUUUGAGUCCCAGGUCCUACAUCUUUGCCAUCAGCAGCCGGAGCCAGAGAGAGCACAAUUGGCCAUGUUCUCUCUGGGUGGGUAGUACAGUAGGUGGCGCUUUCUCCCCAAAUCACUCCAGCAACGCCUUAGCAAGCAAAUUCAGUACAUCAAGUACAGCAACAAAUACCUACUGAUGCUGCAUUGGCGACAAUUGAAAAAGAUGCUGAGGCUGGAUCUGAACAUUGCUACCGUACUUCUCAAGAAAAACUCAGUGGUUUUGUUGGUUAGAUUUCUUAUUGAGCUUCCUACCAGGGCAACAGCAAGGAUUGCUCGUUUGCCAUUGCUCGUUGGGACCAACAGUGGCAGCUUUUCAAACCUUGGUAUCAAACCCACAACCCUGUUACCAAAAACCUAGUGCUCUAUCUGCUGGGUCACCAGUACCUUCCUAGAUAGCAAAAAUCACUCUGGUCAUUUGCACUAGCCUAUUCUGGGCUGCUGAUGCCUAA